AUGGGUAUAAAGAAACUUUUCAGGUUUAGACCUCCUCCCGAAGAUACCAAGGAGAAGAAUCGAGAUAAUUUAAUGGAACUUGGUAUUGCAACCAAGAAUCCUAAUAGAAAGAAGAAGGAACUCUUUACUGCGUAUGGUCAAUAUGCUAGAGAUAGAGAGUUUGAUAAAUUUUAUGCUCCAGAGGGUUAUGAACAAUAUGCCUACCCACAGAAUGAAGAGGGAGAUUUAAAUAAGUCACCUUUAGAUUCUGAUGCCUCACCAUCAACCUCACCAACCACUAAAAAGAAUAAGUUCUUCAGAACACCAAAACUAUUUCAUGAUAAAUCGCAAUCUAAUAUCGAAUCCAAUGAUGUUGAUUUAAAUUCUGCCCCAUAUGAUCCUUACAAUAUAAAUCAAACUCCUAACAGCCCCAGUGAUGACGUUUAUGCAAAUUUCCAACGUUCUUUAGAUUCGCAAAGUAAUCCAUACUCACAGAAUCAUUACACUCAUAGAUCUACUUUAUCAGAUCCAUAUGCUAAUAGUACAGACCAUUACAAUACUCCAAGUCCUUAUGAUGGUCUUACCAGAUUUAAUGACGUUGGCGACUCCUAUAAUAAUCGAUUGGAAAAUUCUGGAAUACCACACAAUGGGGCUCCAAAUUUAAAGAAAUCAUUAUCAGAAAGAAUAGCUCCUUCUAGAAUGGAUAAUCUAAUUUCUAGUCCAAUAAGUGGAUUCUCUCACAGGUUCAGUGUCUCUACCCCUGAUACGCAAUACUCAUCUGGAGAUGAAAAGAACUAUAAAAAUGAAUUAGAUCACCAACCACAUUGCCCAAAGAAAAAUCCAUAUACAGGAAUGCAAGCUUCACAUUUUGGAGUGAAUCCAACCAAUCCUUACAGUAGAAGAUCUCAAAGCUUUAAAAGUAAUUUAGAUGAACCGGCGAAAGGUCAAACACAUUAUCUUUCCACACCAACUCAAUCAUCAUUCCAAUCACCAGCUCAAUCAUCAUUCCAAUCACCAGCUCAAUCAUCAUUCCAAUCCCCAGCUCAAUCAUCAUUCCAAUCACCAGCUCAAUCAUUAUUUCAAUCACCAGCUCAGUCAUCUUUUCAAUCACCAGCUCAGUCAUCUUUUCAAUCACCAGCUCAAGCACCAGUUGGAACUCAUAUCCAAUCCCCUAUGCCUUCACCAGCUCCUAUUUCAACUCAACCAAUUACUUCAAGACAUCCUAUUCCUCCUAUUCCUCCAAAGUCACCUUUAAGAAUGCAACGUAAUCUAUCAAUGUCCAAAAGAAGCAUUGCAACUGAACAAGAUCUAGACGAUGAUUUGAAUGCAGAGCCCAGAUCUAAUGAAUUUAGCCCAGUAUCUAAUGGAACAAGAGAUAUUGAGACGUCAUUAACUGGAAACAUCAAUAACAAUGAUACAGAGUUGGAUUUAAACGAGUCUGCCUGUGAUAUAAAAGACAAUCUAAGCACCAUGAUUAAUGAAACUAAGGACUACGUUUUAAAUGGAAAUAAAUAUGACAUGCUGGAUGAUUUAAAUGAAGUUAAUGAAAACCAUAUUUCAAAUAUACCUGAUAUAGUCGUGGCCCCUACCACUACUAGAUCCCCAAUUCAACCUAAUUUUAAUGAUGCAUACCAAUCACAACAAGUACUUAUGGAGGAAGAACAGGCACAAUUAGAUACGUAUACUGAUUUUAAUGCUGACGCCAGUAAUAAUUAUGGUACUAAUAUGGAGCAAAAUAGAGGCUUUAGAACAUUUGAAGAGAUUCAAAGAGAGGAAGAAGAAAGACAAAAACAAGAAGAAGAAGAAGAAGUUGAUGAAAUAAAACAAGAAAUACGAUUCACCAAACAAAGCUCUUUAGCCUCCACAAGAAAUACAUUAAAAAUGGCUCGUGAAGCUGAAUUAGCAGGUAUGAAUACAAUUGGUAUGUUAGGACACCAAAGUGAAAAAUUAAACAAUAUUCAAACCAAUUUAGAUAUAAUGAAGGCUCAAACUGAAGUAGCAGGUGAACAUGUAGAUAAAUUGAGAAAUUUGAACAGAAGUAUAUUGGCAGUUCAUGUCAAGAAUCCAUUCAAUUCGAAAAGAAAAAGAAUGGAAAGAGAAGAAGAAUUGAAAUCACGUAAAAUGGAACAACAAUACAUGCAAGAACAUAACAACAAUGUUUUAUCUACUUCUACAGCAAGAAUUGAAGGUAUCUUAUCUCUAAACAAUGACGAAAGCUCUGUAAGAGAGAAGUACAAGAGAAAAGAGAUCUUGGAAAGAGCUAAAAAAUAUCAAUUUGAGAAUGAUGAGGAGGAUGAUGCAAUAGAGGUUGAAAUCGAUAGAAAUUUAGAUUCUAUCCAACAAGUUAGUCAUAGAUUAAAAAAACUUGCUAUUGCAGCUGGUGAAGAAGUAGACGACCAGAAUAACCGUGUUAAACAGAUUGAAACAGACACUGACAUGUUAGAUAUCGACUUGCAUUUACAAACAACUAAAUUGUCAUAUAUAAGAUGA